AUGAAGGACGGAGCCGGCGGCUUCCCUCUGUCCCGUCGCCGUUACGAAAUCCUUCCUCUUCCUCGUAAGACUUUUCCCCUCUGGGCCACCGUUCAGUCCCGCUUCCCGCUGUCCGAGGAGACGCCCCUCUUUUUGGCGGCUCGCGAGGGCAGCUUCGAGGCGGCCCAGGUCCUGCUGGACCACUACUCGAACCGGGACAUAACGGACCACCUGGACCGGUUGCCCCGGGACACGGCCCAGGAGCGCAUGCACCACGACAUCGUGCGCCUCCUGGACCAGUACAACCUGGUGCACAGCCCGCACGCCGGGCCCAACCACCUGAGCGGGGGCGGGCCCGCGGGGGGCCACGCCUCCCUGCUGUGCCCCGGCGCCGGCGGCGGCUUCAUCGGCAUGCGGCCCGGCCCCCAGGGCAAGAAGAGCCGGCGCGGCGGGGGCAAGGUGGGCGGCGUGGCGGGCGGCACCGCCAAGGAGCUGAAGGCCAAGCGCCGGAAGAAGCCGGCGGGAGGGGAGGGUCCGGGGCAGGUGGGCGGAGCCGGCGGCGUGAACGGCGGGAACGGUGCCGCUGCUGCCGCUGCCGCCGCCAAGGCCGGCGCGGGGGCGGGGCUGUCGGAGAGCUCGGUCACCCUGUCGCCCGUGGACUCGCUGGAGUCCCCGCACUCGUACGCCGGCGACGCGGCCAGCACGGCUAGCGCCGCCACCUCGCCCCCGCUGCUGGGCAGCCCCGGCGCCCGCCCGCUGCUGCCCCCCGUCAGCCACAUGCUGGGGCAACAGCAGCAGCAGCAGCAGCAGCAGCAGCAGCAGACGGGCUGGGUGGGGCUGCCCAAGCACGGCUACGGCGGGCACAUGUUCGGCGUCCUGCCGCACCAGCUGGGCUCCGCCCACCCCGGCCUCUCGCAGCACCGCGGGGCCGGGCUGCUGGCCAUGGGCCACGAGCAGCUGCCCUCCAUCCUCACCUUCCAGAUGAUGGCGCCGGGGGGCGGGCAGGCCCUGCUGAAGCAGCCCCAGCUGGGGGGGCAAGGGCAGGGGGCGGGGCAGAACCAGGGCCACGCCCACGCCCACUCUCAGCAGGGCUCCUCCCACUUGCACUGCGCCCAGGGCAUGAUGUACCAGCUCCCUGACGUCGGGCUCCCCCACGCCCUGUCCCACACCCUGCCGCACCCCCACGGCCACCCCCACCCUCACAGCCACGCCCACGGCCACGCCCUCUCCCACGCCCACGCCAUGGCCGACGCCCAGCCCCGCCAGCUGCCCCCCUACCAGCCCCUGCAGAGCCCGGUGGAUAAGUACCCGACCCCGCCCUCCCAGCACAGCUACCCCACCGCCGGGUCCGAGGGCACCACGCCCGGGCACCCCGCCCAGCCCCCCAGCGAGCACCCCUACCUCACCCCCUCCCCCGAAUCCCCCGACCCCUGGUCCUCCUCCUCCCCCCACUCCAAUUCAGACUGGUCCGACGUCACCACCAGCCCCACCCCCCUGGGGAACGCCCGCUCGCUGGCCCCGCCCCGCCACACCCACCUCCUGGAGCAGGGCCAGCAGCCACAGCAGCCACAGCAGCCGCAGCGCAACAGCAUGCAGGUGUAUGCGUAGCCAUGGAUACGGACUAUCCGCCCCGCCCCCCUCCUUUCUGACCUCGUCCGCCCCC